UCCUCCAUAAAUUCCACGUCCCGUGUGUUUACGUCUUCUACUCAAUUCGGCGUUAAUGAACGUCUCGGAAGUGGUUUCAUUGGGAAUUUAUGGCAUUUGCUCAAUAGUAUUCUCUCACGCUAUAUAAAAAAACUGUAUAUCAAACAAGGAUCCAGUAGGUGUCGCCAUUGCUCCAUGUAGAAACAUUGCUCAAGCAAUAAAACAAAUACGGUACGGUACAGGAGUCAGGUGACCAUUUGGUCAAGCCAUUAAACCUGGAUGUCAUCAGGAUGAUGUCAUCACAAAGCCUAUUAGCCAUAUGACUAUGAUUUAGAGCAAUAUCCCCUUUUCUGGGUGUCAUCAUGGCUAAACAUGACUAUGGGCUAGAGUCAUUUUGCCCUGCCGAUAUCGUUGCCACAAAUCAUCGUAGUCAAACGACCAUGUACUAGAGCCGCAACUGCCGGGAUCUUAACCAAAAUUUAAAUUAAGUGGGGACUAUUAGCAGUGUGCCAGCGAACCAACCAAAUGGAGAGGAAAAUGGAUUCCACGGACAAUUACUCCCUAAAGCAAAACGUGCAACUCCUUCAGUAUCAGACUGAGAAGUUUCGACAGCUGUGGACUAAGGGGACAGAGUGUUUUGAAGAGCUCAAGCAUUUCUACAACCAGCUCAAUGAAGAGUGGCAAACCCAGUGGCUGAAUAGGGAGGAGACCGUAGCAUCCUACCUGAGGCACCUGGAGUUGGACUACAUCAAAUUGUUAGAAGAAUAUGCCAAACUAUACAACACGCGCGAGGCCAACGAGAGGAUUUUACUGAAAACCAACGCCGACUUACACAAGUGCAAUUUAGAUCUGAAGCAAUACCAAGUGCAACUCAACGAAGUGUGGCAAACUCGCUGGGUUAAACGGGAGAAAAGCAUCGCCUCCCAAGUCAGAUAUCUGGAAGCGGACAAUCGAAUACUGGUGAUGGAAAAAGCCGAGCUGUCUCACCGGAUGCAGGCCAAUGAAAGGAUGUUUUUGAAAACCAAGGCCGAACUGUACAAAACCAGCUUGGAGCUGGAGAAAUUAAAAGCAUCCAAAGACUCUCUCUCAUUGGAAAUGUCCAAAAAGGAGGUGAGCUGGAAACGAGAGAAAGAUAAACUGCUGAAAGAACGACAAGAGUUUCUUGACCAUAUCAAGCAGUUUGAGCACCUGAUCCUACGUGUGGAAAUUGCCGUCGGAGCGAUGGAGGACUGGACGAAGCUAAAACAAGGGGACAACAGAACCAACGUUGAGGAAAACGAGCGGAUCGAGCAGCAGGAGAAAGCCAGGGAAGGAGGUGACGACAAGCUCGAAGCGAGCGACGACAGCAAGUGCCAGGCCGGUUCUGAAGAGGGCAAUGUUGAGGGGAAAGAUGAAGGCGGCGCGGAGGUCGCCGCGGGAACGGAGGCAGUGCAAGAGAGCGGCGAGGAGUUAGAGGGGAGUUGCACGGACCAAGGAACCGAUGAGGAAGAAGACAGCGAUGAUGACGAGGAGGGCGACGGUGAGGCGGCGAAUGAAGGGGAGCGGGACUACGAAGAAGGCGAGGACGGGGAGUGGGAAGAUUGCGACGACGACGACGAGUGGGAAGACUGCGACGACGACGAGGUGGAGGAUUAUCGGGAAGGGGAGGGGGAGGGAGAGGACGAGCGGGAGCAGGAGGGAGACGAAGAGGGCGACCGGGAGGAAGAAGACGGGGAAGAAGAGGACGACCGAGAGGAAGCGGAGGAGGAAGAUCAAGAGGACGAAGGAGAUGAGGGCGACCCGGAUGAAAAGGCGGCGGGGGAAGCGGAUGAGUCCGAAGGUCAAGUGGAAAAUGGUGACCAAAAGGAAAUGCAAGAAGGUGAUCGAGACAAUAAUGACGGCAAAGCGGCUGAAGAGGAGGCGGGGGCAGCGGGGGCAGCGGGUGCCGCGGAGGAGCCGCAAGAAAACCAAAGCCAGAGCGUGGACGGAAACCAGGAGGGUGAAGAACUUGCCAAGGUGGAGGAGGGCAAGGAGGCGGAGGAAAGCCUCGGUGAGGGGCAGGAGAGGGAAGAGAGUGAAACUAAAGAGGAGGGGGGUGAGGAGAGUGAGCCGAAGGAGCAGGGGGGUGAGGAGAGCGCUCGGGUGGAAGAGGCGGAGAAAGACCACGUAAACGUUACAAACGGUGCACAAGAGGGUGCUGCCGCGACGCGGGAGCCUCGCGAAGAGAGUGCCGAGGCGGGGGAGGGGGGCGUCGCCGAGGGAAACGAGAGUGACGGCAAAGCGGAGGAAGACGGGAAAGAGAGUGAGGAGGGUGAGAAAGAGUGCGCAACGGAAGAAGGGGGCGGGGUCACGGAGGAGACCAGAGACGGAGAGGAAGGGAGCGCCCCGGCAGGUGAGGGGAUUGUCGCCCACAAGGCCGAAGGGGAGGAAAGUGUCACGGGUGAGGCGGGUGAGGAAGAGAGCCUCAAAGUAGACGAGGGGGGUGUCACGGUGGGGCGAGAGAGUGUUGCCGAAGACGGGGGCGAGGAAGAAAACGCUCCCGAGGUCGCCAAAGAGAGCGAGGGAGGGGCCGAGCAAGCCGAGGCGGAGAGUGAUACAGCGCAGAGUGAUACAGCGCAGAGUGAUACAGCGCAGAGUGAAAAGGAAGUGGCCGAGGAGGCGAGCCUCCAGGGGGGAGUUGAGGUGGGAGAGACAGACCAAAAGGAAGAGACGAAGCAAGAGAGCGUCAAAGGGGACGGCCAGAGCGUCGUCGAGGCGCAAGAUGACACGGCGGGUGCCAAAGCGGGUGACGAAAAGCAGGAGGCGGAGCUAGAGAGCGCCGAAGACGUCGCGCAAGAGAGUGAGAAGCCGGAUGAAGGGAGUGACAAAGCGGAAGAGGUGAAGGAAGAAGGUGACAAGACCCGAGAGAGUCUCGAGGCCAAAGGGAGCGACGCGAAGGACCAAGAGGAGAAAGAAAGCGCUACUCGGAGCGAGUCCGAGGAAGCGAAGAGGGGCGCCUGCGCCGAUGAGGAGGUGAGAGACGGCGGAGAGGAAAUGAGCAGCGGGUCGGCGGAGGACGGGAAGGAAGCGGAGGGGCUGGCCGCAGAGGCGUCGGGGAAAGAGGGCGAGAGAAGGGAGAGCUACUUUGAAAAAAUGAUCAGCCGCCUCACCAAGAAAGACAAGGAGGAGAGGCGAGAGCGGGUCAGGCGGGAGGUGGAGCGCAUCGAGCAGGAGAAGAGGGAACGGGCCAGGAGGGAAGACGAACUGUGGAUCUAG